CCCUCUAGACCUCGAGUCUCUAACUCACUUCGUCUCUCUCUACCUGCCUUCAUUUUCAAAACCACCUCUCUCUCUCUCUCUCUCUCUCUCUCUAAAUUAUAACUCUCUCUCUCUCCCCAAAAUGUAACUCUCCUAGAUUUUAUCAACACAUUCCAUGGUCAAUGUUUAUUGCAUUAGAAAGUGUCUUGAUAUUGAUUGUAUUGAUAUGAGAAUAUUAUUUCCCCAAAAUAGGAUACUGUAAAAAGGCUAAGCUUCAAUGGAGUGGAAAAUCAUUCACGUACCAGGACGAGAAUCAAAUCCGGAUCAGAACGCUACCGUGAGUGUGGUUGCUUCAAAUGUAGAACCAAGAGCUGCCAAUAACCUGAUAAGGCGAUUAAGUGUGAUGGUGCCUUUGGAGAAUCUUCACCAUGUAAAAAGAAUACGGAGGUCCACUUCUUAUGGAAAAGUUGAGUUAUCUGUGAUCUUAUGCCUUUCUGUUGAUGAAGAAGAUCCCUUAAAAGGAAUACCAAAUGAUGUGCUUGAGCUGAUAAAUGAGUAUCAGUUGCAUCCUUUCAUCUCAAGAGUUCCAAAGAUUGCUGCUUCAUCAAGGGAAGAAUGGGUGCAACAAUGUGUGCAUUGGCCUACAUCGUAUCAUCCACCUGCCAAUUUGGAUGAAAUUAAUGUAUUCAAUGAGGAGGAUUCAAAGGCAAUCUUGGGCUUCAUGACGUUGGCCAUUGAAUUGACCAAGUCUAGUCAUCUUGAUAAUCAGGUGUUCAAUGCUGCCAUUAUAGUCAAUCCUUCAGCUAAAGUUAUCGUUGCAAGUGCAUGUGACCAAACUGACUCAUGGCCAGCAAAAUCAGUUUGUGCAGAGAAGACGAACUCUAAUGACACCCUAACAGUAAGCAAUGGGUUCCAUAUUUCAGAUUACAAGCAAAAUGGGGAAAAAUCCUAUGUGAAUGUGGCGUGUUUAAAUCCGUGGUCAUGGUCUCAGCACAAACCACAUACAUGUAGUUCUCCUGUUGAACAUUUGACAACACAUCGAUGGCAUCCAUUGAAACAUGCAGCCUUAGUUGCCAUUGGGCUUGCAGCUGCAAGGGAUAGGAUCCUAUUCCUGGUCCCGGAUCAGCCAAAGGAUCAAUCUGUGGAGUCAGGGUUUUCUUCUAUAACCUCGUCUGUGAAAAGGCAAAAGACUGAGGUUUCCAAAGAUCAGGGUGAUGUAGACUCAGAGACGUGUAUAGUUUCUCAUGUGAAAUGUUUACCAUCGGUGUCAGAAGAUACAUCUAGACCUUACCUCUGUACGGGCUUGGACGUCUAUCUUACGUGGGAGCCAUGCACGAUGUGUGCUAUGGCGCUCGUGCAUCAGAGAAUACGACGUGUAUUUUAUGCCUUUCCAAACCCAGAUGCUGGUGCGCUUGGGAGCAUUCACAGGUUGCAUGGAGAGAAGAGUAUGAAUCACCAUUAUACAGUUUUUAGGGUUUCAGUACCCGAAGAUAUUUUUUAAUCUAAUCGGCAGUCAUCUAAAGCUUGAGUCUCUUUUACUUUCCCCAGAAUGAGAAACUAAUCUUUAUUGGUGAUGUAAUACCUCUGUGGAAAUUUGUAUUAUAAGAUUAUAUGCUCAUUUAUUAAUAGGGUUUUACCAUGAUUUUAAGAGUUGGACUUCGAUACAUGGGGAGAGGAUCUGGGGAAUUUCAGAUGAAGAGAGAACAAUCAAUGUUAGAAAUUUGGGCUUGUUUAUGGGAUUUUGGCUACUAGAGGACAAGUACCCUUACUUUCCCUCUAUAUUUCACUCUGCUCUACAUUUCAGUGAUUCAUUUAGGACCUUUUCCAAUUCCUUGAAA